GCUUUGAACUUGGAAGAGUUGAGCUGAGGCAGACACAACAUUUUGGAGGGUUCUUUCAUGGGGUCCUUGUAAGCUGGGGCUGACUUGACUGUACACAACAUAUCUGGAACCAGUGGUUCAGCUUUCGUAGAGUUUCUCCAUAGUGUGUGGUAUGGCCUGAGAGUAUUGGACUGUCAGAUUUUGAAUGGCAGCCACCUUUUUCCAUUAUCGUUGUGAAGAAAAAUGUGUUGAUGAACUGUGCUAUGAGCAGAUUGUUGUAAGCCUUGGUAAAAUAGAAAGGAAUUAAUCUCGCUUCCCAAACAUCAUGAAUCGCCAUGCAUAGUUUUGCAUAAGAAGCUCAAUCCGAAAUACACAGAAGGGGCUGAAUAUGGAUCCAUACCACCUUAGUGAUGAAAGCUCCCUCCAUUCUGAGAUGCAGCUUCAUGAAUUUUCAGGGAAUCAGGGUUUGGACUGUAGUGACACCUUUACCCAUGAUCUGUGUCCAGAUAUGAGAGAUAUGAUUUAUUCAGGAUUAAGCAACCUGGAGGUGGAUCCCAGCCUUUCAACCGCAAAUAUAAAUAAUGAUUCUUUGGAGGACAACCUGGAUGCCUUGUCCUUGUAUUCAGUGAAGGAUUGUGAUUCUGCUAAGCUCCUGGAUGACUGUGUCACAGACUCUCGGCCAGUCCUGCAUGAGUUAGGACUUCCUGGCCCUUCAGCACCUAAAGAAGUGGAGCAAGGAGGCAGAACCAGUUCUGGCAGUGGAAAGAAAGGAAAGCACCAACAAAGCUCUCCUCAAGCUCCUUUCUUGGAUUGCAGCCUUUGUGGGAAGGUUUUCAGUAGUACCAGCUCACUCAGCAAACAUUAUGUGACUCACAGCCAGGAACGGAAACACGUCUGCAAAAUCUGCAGCAAAGCAUUUAAGCGGCAGGACCACCUGAGUGGUCACAUGCUAACGCACCAAAAAACAAAGCCGUUCAUUUGCAUAGAACAAGGCUGCAACAAGAGUUACUCAGAUCAUCGCUCCCUGCGCCGGCAUUACGAAAUGCACCAUGGUCUGAGGUUGUUAAAGGAUGAUGAGACUUGUGAGGGUUCCCCAACAGUGCAUGAUGCGCGUGUCCAGAUAGGCCACAGCGGCAUGAGAACUGCAGAGAGACUGACUGCUCACCCUGAGCCACAAGCCCCUAACAACUCUGUCAUGUCCAACAGAGACUUGCUGAGGUGCUUUGUAAGCAGCUUAGUCAGCCAGAAGCUUCCGCCCGUUCCUUCAUCCUCUACAGGACAGGGUGAAUGUAACUCCAAGGGAUCCUUGCAGCCUGGCCCCUCUGCCUGUGGUCAGAUUUCUUGCGUUCCCACAAGUACUGCUGCACUGACAGAAGCCAGUGGCAGUAAAAUGAUGAAACUUUACCCUUGUCAAAAGAACACAACAUCAUCCAGUAUGUAUACCAUCAUAAAUCCUGGAAAUGUAUCUGUACUUGGAUCAGCAGAAAACAUUACACAUUUGCCAGAUAAGCAGCCACAUUCAGAACCUCAGUUCCCUUUAGAAGCCACAGCACUGGAGUAUUGGCCGAACAGUGGUGUACCUCGUUUCCCGUUAUUCAGAGGCCAGAAUAUCCCUGUCGCCUCUCACCCGUCAAGCAGCAGUUUCCAGUGGGUCCGAAAUGUGCCACCAGCCUGCACAAAAAACAAAGGGAGUGGUGUUUAUGUUGCGUCCAUGUCCCCUGUUCCAAGUCAAGAUGUUUCUCAGGGACUGGUGGGACCUUCCCAUACUUUUGAAUCUUUGGCUCAUAACUUUGAGUGUCCAGAUGUUUUAUCGUUCUCUCCAGCACUCUUAAAAACACAGGGAGAAAUAACUGGAGAGCCAAAAUUCAGUGCCUUUGAAGAGAGCUUCAGGCCAGCAGCAAGGCUUCCAGAUCUGCCAAAACAUGAUGUGCUGCAGAGGAGCGAGGCUGGACCGCCGUUCAGACAGCUCUUCGUGAAAUCCCAGGAAUCUUCUGUGAAUAAGGAUCAGUUAGAACUCCAGAGUCACCUGUUUCAGCGGAUCACCAAAUCUCAGCAUAUUGUCUCUCACACCCACUUACUGGCUUCGUCACAGGUGGCAAGUGUAGAGACUGAGCGUGGGGCAGCAAAACCACUUCAACACAUGUUUCAGCAGCAAACAGAUGUGGGUCACUCAGGUUUGAAAUCCACGGAAAGUGAAAGGUCUCCCCUGUGUGUGAAAAAAGUCUUGACCCAGUUUCAGGACUUCUCAUCUAGCAGUGAAAAAGAUCAGCAGUCAGCUACUUCUCUGCAGUCCGUUUCUAUGCCCUCUGCAAGCACAGACGGCAUUUCCCAUGCAAACCACACCAAGACUGUGAAAGGAUGCUUGGAGUUCAAAGACUUCUCUGGUCCUAGCCAAUAUGUAAUGUUGGAGAAUGCCCCAGGGAAUCACACUUACGGGAAGCCAAAGCAGUCAGGGAAUGGCUCUGCUAUAUCAAAGAAGAAAGAGAAGAGUAAGACUUGUGUCAAAGACUCGAGCAGUAAAGGGCAUUCUCGGAGUGGUAGACCUCGCCGGAAGGAGAAGCCAAAGUUUGAUGUCUCUUCUAUGGCUUCUCCCAGUCAAGUGGCCAUGGCUUCCUUUUCCUUGCCUAGUACAUCGUUGGACAGUGGGAGCAAAGUGAAACCGAAACUGACCAUUUUCAACAGAAUUCAGGAUGGAAAUAUCUACAGCUUUACUAAUGCAGUGAGGGAAGAAUACUUGUCUCCUGGAUGUAAUAAGACUGGGGCAGAUCCAGGAGACAGGAGCGAGCAUGGAAGCAGUUUUGUUUGCACAACCUGCAGUCAGCUGUUUUAUACCAAGAGGGGCCUGAACAGCCAUAUGUGUUUUUAUAGUGAGCAAUGGCAGUCCCCGUCAGGGAGAGAAAAACAGCAGGUUGAUCGGAAGGAAAGUCAGGAUGAUAAGGAUCUCCAAGAAGGUUUGCCCCAGAAGAAGAGGAAGAGGCGAACCCGUCCGAAAUCACUUUUUAUUCCACCCCCUCCACUGAUCUGCAGUGAGAUGCAGCCUGGUGCUGGAGGAUGCUACCAAAGUCACCUCCGCUCUCCUGUCUUCCUCAUGGACCAUCUCCUCCAAGGCCUAGUUCAGUGCUCUCCUUACACACCGCCUCCAAUGCUCAGCCCCAUCCGGGAGGGUUCAGGGCUGUACUUCAAUGCUCUCUGCUCUUCAUCUACCAACUCUGCUUCCACCAAGAUGUAUACCUCUGUUUUAGAUGGAAUGGAUGGAGCUCUUCUGUUCUCUCUUGUGAAAGAUACCACCAAAAUCAGCAUAGAACCGCAUAUUAACAUUGGAAGUCGUUUUCAGGCAGAAAUACCAGAUCUCCAAGACAGAUCAUCCAUAGAAAAUUAUGAGCAUCCAGCCUCACUGGUAUGGAAGCCAUGGGGAGACAUCACAACCAACAAGGAAACACAGAAAAGAGUAACAGAUUUGUUAAAAUUGGCCUGCUCCAGUGCGAUGCCAGGGGGAGGGACCAACCUGGAACUGGCUGUGCAUUGUCUGCAUGAAGCCCAUGGAAAUACUUUGAUGGCCCUGGAAAUGCUGCUACUCCAAGGACCACAGAAGCCUCCUGGUCAUCCUCUUGCUAACUACCAUUACUCAGGUUCACAUCUGUGGACUCCUGCUGAGAAACAGUUGUUUAAGAAGGCCUUUGGCUUACACAAAAAGGAUUUUUAUCUUGUACAGAAGAAGAUACAAACUAAGACUGUUUCCCAGUGUGUUGAAUACUACUAUAGCUGGAAAAAAAUAUUAAAAUUUGACUGCAUUCGAGCACAAGUGGUAGAAAAGAGACCCAAGAGGGAUCAGGAUGAGGUAGAAAUGGAUGAAGAAAAGAUUCCCUGCAGCCCAAAGAAGAGGCAUUUCCUGCCUAAACAGGAAAAUAAACUAAAACCAAGGAAUUACAAAAAAGCAACACAGAACACCUUCAGCCCAACCACCAGCCAGAAGGAACUUCUAGAUAGGCCCAGAAACACAGGCAGUCAGGGUGUGUUCCCAUGUAAAGAGUGUGCAAGGGUGUUUGACAAGAUAAAAAGCCGGAAUGCUCACAUGAAACGCCAUCGGCUUCAGGAGCAGAUGGAACCGAUGAUAAAGAUUAAGUGGCCCAUAAAGCAUUUGAAAAAUGAGCCAAAGAAGGAAGAAAGAAGCUCAAGCAUUGACUUUCUCCCAUGGUAACUGGGAAGGCACAAUUCAGGAGUUCUUUUUUAUUUUUAUUUUGAGGAGGAUGGAAUAGGCCAAUCAAUGAGAAAUCACCAUUGUAUUUAGUAUCCUUUUUUCGAUUCAUGUUCACACAACUGCAUUUUGAUUCACUGUAUAGUACUGCAGUGAUCUGUGUUACUGUUAUUUUGUAUACACUCAGUGUUGCGUAUUAAAUUGGGUUCUACAGCCAAAGUUGUAACAUCUGCAUGGAUUUUCUCAGAUAUCUCUUACGCCAGAGGAUAGUCAAAAUCCAAACAGAGUGGACAUGUUGCUUUAUCUUGCAUGGAGGGAAGGGGUUGUCAACAGAUCGCCGUGCAACAAAAGGCCAUCUGGGAAGUUGGGUUGGAGUCCUUCUUGAGCCUCUGCAGUUCAGAAGUUGCCAAAUACCUAGCUUUGUAGAACCCUGCUUUACCAUGGUCACGUUAAAACAAAAUUAGCAAAAGCUGGGGGACAGAGCAUGUUAGAAAUAUCCUAUUGUGGAGAUAUGUGGUAUGUUUUAGACCAAGAACAAGAAGAAAUGUUUUAGACCAAGAACAAGAAGAAAUAAUUUCAGGACAAAUGGAAAUUCAUGAGAUUCUAUGGGAUGGAAUCACAGUAGGUUUGUGCAAGGAGGCCCAUGAUCCAGGCAGGCAUUGGGCUGUUUCUGCUCUGUAUCCAUCCCCCGUGAAAAAGGCUGCUGCUUCCUUAAUCUCUAAGCAGUUGAGGAGUAAGGGCUGCAAGCCGUCAGCUGUAUCUAGAUUCAGAUGUUCAGCUCCGAGUUGUAGCUGAAUGUGUGCAUGGCCUCCAUGGAAAAGUUGUAGCAGCUCUAACAAAUCCUUACCUGUAGC